AUGGAUGCGCCUUCGCUGUACGUGGGGAAGGUGGCCGCCCAGAGCGGCUCGGUCUACGUGACCAACGGCUUUGUGCCUUACUGGAGGGAGGCGUUCAGCAGCACGGGCGAGGCCUGCUGGUUCGUGGUGGAGUUCGAUCCCAGUCAGGUCUCCUGGAAGCGCUUUGAGGAGAUUCUGGGCGCCACGGACCCCUCGCAGGCCAGCAAGGACUCCAUCCGCGGCCUGCUCUUCCAGCACUGGAAGGACUGCGGGCUCAGCCAGCAGCCUACCACCAUGGACAACGGCGUCCACUUCUCCGCCGGAGCGCUGGAGGGCAUGCGCGAGCGCAUGUUG